CGGCUUCCGUACUACGGAAUCCCAGCCAUAACAUCAACUUGCUAGAUAGCUAACCUACCGGUAGCUAGUUUUUCAGUCAUCGUUGUCAAAUGAAUUGGACACAUAAGGUGCAUAUCUUAAGCGCGAGUCACAUCCUAUCCGGACGAAACCGGAUAAAAAAAACUCUUCGCGACAUGCUAUCAACAGUAAGCUUGCUAUGAAAUUAAAAUGAACCGAUUGUCAGCAGGCAGGCUAGCUAUCUCUGACAAGAUAGCUAGGUUGUGAAGUUAGCGAGCUUUCACAUAGCGUUAGCGUUGUGGUAUUACUGAAGUUAGCUAGCUAGUUGUAAUUGUUUCUUGCGGCUUUGCUACAAAUGACGAGCUAGUUUCAGUUUGUCAAAAUAUAUUGUUGCGAAAGGUAGCUAGCAAGCAAGACAUGGGCUACUAUGUAGCCAGUUUAACGCUGUCUGGUCAGAUCGGCGCUACAUUGUAACCAGAUCAGUGCUAGAGAGAGAUCAGUAGCAGUUUGUCUGUCGUAAUAGGAAACAACAUCCUCAUUAUGGGCACAGUUAGUUAGCUAGCUACAGAUUGACGAUAACUGGUUUAUUUUUUACAGUGAUAGUUAUAUUUGGUAGAUGGUGCUCGUAUUUGCCCUUCAGUACAAGUAAAGCCGUGCUUUGUGAUUUCUGACUCAGACGAUCAUCAUUGUCGUGUGGUGGAAAUCAAUGUGCGCCUGAAGAUUAGGCGGAACAGCAGGAUGUCUAGGGGAUUUAGUGCAGCAAUGAUAUUGUUUAGAAAACACAACAACACAACCAUGAUCACAAGGCAUACAAAAGCCCCCAAAUGAAAUCGUAUAAGGCUCAACCUUUCCUUUUAUCUGACUAUACAUCACAUCUGGUGCGUCUUGGGUUAUAGAACACACAUACGAAUAUAGCCAAAUCAGUUUAUUUAAUUUGAAGAGUAGCCAAAUAAAUAUUUGAUAUGUCUGGGGACGGCUCGGAUAGUAGUAGUAGUAGUAGUAGCGAUGACUCCGAUACAGGGAUCCGGAGAAAAGCCUGCACUGUCAAACAUGAGAUUACCAAUGCGAACCUCACAGGCCAUUCUGAGAGAGUGGGCAUGGAGAACUUUGAGCUUCUCAAAGUCUUGGGCACAGGAGCCUACGGGAAAGUGUUUCUGGUCAGGAAGAACAGUGGUCACGAUGAAGGGAAGCUAUAUGCCAUGAAGGUGCUGAAGAAAGCAGCCAUCGUUCAGAAGGCGAAGACAGCGGAGCACACGCGUACAGAGAGACAGGUGCUGGAGCACAUCCGCCAGUCCCCGUUCCUGGUCACACUGCACUACGCCUUCCAGACCCAGACCAAGCUCCAUCUCAUCCUGGACUAUGUGAGCGGAGGGGAGAUGUUCACACACUUGUACCAGCGGGAUCACUUCUCUGAGGAAGAGGUGCGGAUCUACAUCGGGGAGAUUAUCCUGGCACUGGAGCACCUCCACAAGCUCGGCAUCGUGUACCGGGACAUCAAGUUGGAGAACAUCCUAUUGGACAGCGAGGGACAUUUGGUGCUGACAGAUUUUGGGCUCAGCAAAGAGUUCCUUGAGGAGGAGAAGGAAAGGACGUAUUCGUUCUGUGGCACCAUAGAGUACAUGGCUCCAGAGAUCAUCAGGGGGAAGUCUGGUCAUGGAAAGUCAGUAGAUUGGUGGAGUUUGGGUAUCCUGAUGUUUGAAUUGCUGACGGGGGCGUCCCCAUUCACACUGGAGGGGGAGAGGAACUCCCAGAGUGAGGUGUCCAAGCGUAUCUUGCGCUGCGAACCGCCGUUCCCCUCUAUGAUCGGAGUCGUGGCUCAGGACCUGCUGAGGAAGCUGUUGGUUAAAGACCCCCACAAGAGACUAGGCUCGGGACCACGAGGGGCCGAGGACAUCAAAAGUCAUGCCUUCUUCAAGGGUCUCAGUUGGUCAGACCUUGCUGAGAAGAAGGUAGUCAGCCCAUUCAAACCAGAGAUCAGGAGUGAGCUGGAUACGGGGAACUUUGCUGAGGAGUUCACUGGCAUGAAUCCUGUCUAUUCUCCAGCCAGCACCCCACCAAGCACUGACCGCCUGUUCCAGGGCUACUCCUUCGUUGCUCCCUCCAUUCUGUUCAACAAGAACGUGGUUAUGGGUGACUUCAUGGAGGGCCAGAUGGGAGCAGACCGGCCGGGCUCAGCCACUGUCCGUCGCAGUGCUAUGUUAGCGGACUCUACGUUCUUCCAGCUGUAUGAGCUGUGCCUGCAGGGGGCGCCCCUGGGCGAGGGUAGCUUCUCUGUGUGCAGGAAGUGUCGACACCACCAGAGCGGCCAUGAGUACGCCGUCAAGAUCAUCAGCCGCAGAAUGGAAGUAAACACUCAGAGGGAGAUUGCUGCCCUCAGGCAGUGUGAGGCUCACCCCAACAUCGUCAAACUGCAUGAGGUCUACACUGAUCAGUUCCAUACAUACCUGGUGAUGGAGCUGCUGCGUGGGGGGGAGCUGCUGGAGAGGAUCAAGAGGAAGAAAUUGUUUGGGGAGGCAGAGGCCAGUCAGCUUCUCAGGAGCCUGGUGUCAGCUGUCGGCUUCAUGCACGAGGCUGGAGUGGUGCACAGAGACCUCAAACCAGAGAAUGUGCUGUUUGCAGACGAGGGGGAGGACUCGGUGCUCAAGGUGAUAGAUUUUGGUUUUGCCCGACUGUGCCCUGCAGGCAGCGCCCCCCUGCAGACUCCCUGCUUUACACUGCAGUACGCUGCUCCUGAGCUCUUCCACAGCACCGGUUACGACCAGGCCUGCGACCUCUGGAGCCUUGGGGUCAUCCUGUACACCAUGCUGUCAGGACAGGUGCCCUUUCAGAGUGAGCAGCAGCAGCGGGCGGGGAUGACCUCAUCUUAUGCUGCCGACAUCAUGCAUAAGAUUAAAGAGGGUGACUUCUCUUUGGCUGGAGAGGCUUGGAAGGGUGUAUCAGACGAGGCUAAAGAGCUUGUGAAAGGGCUGCUGACGGUGGAUCCAGAGAGGCGUCUCAAGCUGUCUGCUCUGAGAGAGAACAGCUGGCUGCAGGGCGGGACCAUCUUAUCCUCCACCCCCCUCUGCACCCCAGAUGUGCUCGAGUCCAGUGGCCCCAUCGUCCGCUCCUAUGUCAACGCCACCUACAAGGCAUUCAACAAGGGGAAGAGGGAGGGCUUCUUUCUGAAGAGUGUCGACAACGCCCCCCUUGCAAAGCGGCGCAAGCUCAAGAUGACAAGUACAGGUGUGGAGACUCGACGGAGCUCCUCUUCCUCCUCCUCGUCAUCAUCUUCCUCAGCUGCCUCUGCCGCUACAACAAACCUAAAAACACAGCCACCACACCAAACUCUACCCCCGAAGCUAGAAAAGAGCUAGCAGCCGAGGAGGGGGACGAGUAGGAGGAAAGGAGUUAGGAGAAUAAAGCACAUUAAUUCAGCUAUGACAGAUUGGAAUACUGGCUCUGAAAGACCAGAGAUGAUUUGUUAUAUCCCCUCUAAGUCCAAAGUCAUGUAGAAUCUCCAAAUUCUAAGAUCUUAUUUAUGAACAAACUAAGAGACUAGUUUAAGAUGAAACAAAAGGGUUCACGUCCCUUUUUCCUUUGAAAGAAUAUGCUGAAUGGUAUUUUGCAUUAUCGUAAUGAUGCAAGGACUUUAUAUGUAUUUAUACCAGUAGCUUGUCCCAUCUCAUGCAUUUUCUCAAGAAAUAAACUAACGUGUCAUUUCUUGAAUGGAACAAAGCUUUAGACUAUUGUUUUCUAAAUUUCGGUCAGAGGCUUUACAUCAGUAUGGUAAGUUACGGAAGACAUUUUCGUCGGCUUUAAGAUCACACUUGUGAAGUUUUCAGUCACUUUUUAGCAGGGUGACGAUGAGCAUGCAGUUGGACAUGAUGCUGACGCUUUGCAUGUUGAGGUAAGGAGCGCUGUCGUAAGCACCUGAGGUAAGGAGCGCUGUCGUAGAACGAGUCAGAGAGAAGCGGAGUGAGAGAGUCCUAAAGGGGAAAUGCAAAAGCCAUGAAUGAGCACAAGCCAUACAUACACAGAGAGGCCAUGGCCUCUACAACAGAGCACUUAUGGAUAGAUGCACAGUGCUCAUCACAUGGCAAAACGGAGAGGCAGUGGUUGGGGGUCUGUUGGAAGUCUCGCUCUGUUUUUAAAUGAUAUGGUUGAGAUUAAGAAAGAACGCUGGUACUGCGGACAGCUGUUCAAAUGAACUUUGACCUUGAGGGAUGAUCCCAGUCCAUGGGACGCUGUCUUUGUAACCCAAUGGUUCUAGUCACAUACAGCCAAUUUACAAGGACCCUUAGAAUCAUUUCCUUUUGGCUUGAGAUAUCAGCCUUCUAUCGACAUUGGUGUCUGUCUGCGUAGUUAACUGGUUCGCUGAAGUUCACCUGAGAAUCAAAUUAACGGCAUCCAUUGUUCUGUAUGUGUGCUACAUUAACAACCAUCAUGAUUCUGACAGGGAAUACAGGGAGAUGGAACGCUUGGUGAUAGACAUUCUGAUUUGAUACCAUAGUCCCAUACACAGUGCUCCAAGGCCUAUGAUGUACUUUUCUGAGCAGGGCAACUUUUCAUUAUAUUGCGCAGGGCCAAAUGGGAAAAAAAUGAAUCGUUUUUUUACUGUGAGUAAAUAUUGUCACCCUGGUUUAGAGGUUAGUGUUUUUGUAGCCGUUUAGGUGUUUUGAUCAUUGAAUGUCAGUUCCACUGAUCAUUUACUCAUCGCUUUUUUUCUACCGGAAUAUAUUGACUGUUGAUUUGAUUUGUACCUGGAUAUCACACACAUGUAGUCCUUUUAAUCAGUGAUAGUUAUUUCAGAUUUAAACCGGGCUUAUUUUAGUAUUUAUUACAUGUCAUGUUUUUAUAAUGUUGUGGUAAUGGUUGUUGUGCGUGUGCGUGUGCGUGUGUGUGUGUGUGUGUGUGUGUGUGUGUGUGUGUGUGUGUGUGUGUGUGUGUGUGUGUGUGUGUGUGUGUGUGUGUGUGUGUGUGUGUGUGUGUGUGUGUGUGCGCGUGUGCGUGCGCGGUGUGACUGGUUCUGGGGAUUGUAUAUUAUUGCAAGUUACUGUAGUAAAUAAUUGUUUUGAUCACAUUUGUAUUAGUUACUCCUUUCUAAAUAUUAGUUUUGCCGGGAACCGUGCUUUUGUCACAAUGCUAUUGUUUGGCUGUUGAUGUUGUGUUGUCUUUUUUUUAAUGUUAUGAAUUUGACUCUUUUUAAUGAGCUACUACCCUUUUCCUGUAUAGCUGUCCUUUUUUGCCCAACAUUUUCAAUUCUUUCUUCAAAGCAUAUCCUGACAUUGAGAUUCCCUAUGUCACGAUUGCUUGGUUUGGGUUAAGAACACUUCAGUCUGGAGCAAAAUAAAUGACUUUUCUCGA